AUGUAUGCUGCAGAAGUGGGGAUAUACACCAUCACCAUCGAGACGGAGGAAGGAAUGCGCUUUCAUGGACAAAAUUUCACUGCUUACAACUGUAGUUACUACAGAACAUGUUCAAGUUGCCUUGGGAAUUCUUAUUCUUGUGAAUGGUGCAUUUCGGACAACAAAUGCUCAAUCCAGGGAUCCAACGCAUCCUGCAAGAAGGACUGGCUCGUGAAGAGGACGCCACUUUAUGAAGAUACACUCCAACUUCAAUGUGUUUUCGCGUUAUUGAAUGGCACAAGGCUGAAAGUUCCUGGAAGGGCUAGGGAAGCUGAGCCCGAUUGGAUCGAGUGUGAGGACUUUGAUCAACUCCUGCAUCAUGGUCCAGAUAUUGCGUCAGAAAGAGUCAAUCUUACAGUGACAUGGAAUGAAAAAGAGCAUCCUCUCGAUAACCAGGCUGACAUUCAUGUGGAAAUCUUCGACUGCUUCCUUCUGGGGAACACUUGUACAUCCUGUUUGACCUUGGAGGAAAAAUUUGAUGAAUGUGGUUGGUGUGUACCAGGAAACCGUUGUGGACUGAAGUACUCAUGCGACCCAGUAGAUUCAUGGCUAGACAGGGAAAAGCAAUGCCCAAAUGUUGUCAUUUCCGACUUCUGGCCCAGGAAGGGUCCAAUAGAAGGCGGAACUCAAAUCACAAUAUCUGGUGUAAACAUGGGGAAAGAACUAUCUGAUAUUCAUGAAGUUAUCGUCGCUGAUACACACUGUGAACCACUCAUUGACUCUUACAUCACUGGAGAAAAAGUGGUUUGCCGUAUUGCGGUUCGUGAGUUCCAAGACACUCGAAGUGGCCCAAUCCAAAUGAAAGGGAACUUCUCUGGGGAGAAUCCCGAGUCCCAAAAGCAUUAUGAGUUCGUGAAUCCGGAAAUCCAUGCUCUCACACCUGAUUUUGGACCGAAAUCAGGCGGAACCCUGGUGAAAAUCUUCGGCAGACAUUUAGAUGCAGGGAGAAAUGUUUCGGCUACUUUGGGUUCCCGAAAAUGUGACGAAUUGAAGAGAAGCGAAAUGUGGGCAGAAUGCAAAACCCCUAGUCAAAAUGAAACUGGAGAGGUGGUGCUUCAAAUGGUGUUUGAUUCCAAGAAAAGGGGUGAGCAUUACUUCACUUACUUUGAGGAUCCUGUCAUCAGGGAAGUUCGCUCUGGAGGGUCUGGACCGGGCGAGAAACCAAGGAGUAUCGCAUCAGGUGGAAUCCGCAUCCAUGAAUGCCACGCUAAAAACGUGACAUACAUGCAAUGCCUGAGCCCAGCAUUGAAUUAUUCAUACCCAACAACUGUAUCCUAUGGGUUUACACUGGACGGUGUGGAAGGUUUCAAGAACUUUGGUGAUUUCCAACUGCUCAAAAAUCCCAUCUACUUUGAAUUUGAGGAAGAUGUCAAGCUGCAUCUCGAAGGCUACCUCACCCUUGAUGGAGAAGAUCUGAACGUGGCAAUUUCUAUGGAAGAUGUGACUGUUUGGAUAGGAGAAGAGAAGUGCAAUGUGACCUCUCUUUCUAUGACUCAGUUGACCUGUUUGCCACCAGAGGAGCAACCUAGGGGAAGCAAUGGAGAAAACCCACCAACACUUACAGUGAAGGUGGGAAGAAACUUGGAAUAUUCCUUGGGAAAAUUACAAUACGUGGUAGAGAAUGGGAGAAAGGGAUUGUCGAUAGGAGCUAAAGCUGGAAUUGGCGUCCUUUCCGUCUUCGUCGUCCUCCUCCUUGUAGGAGGAUACGUUUUUCACAAAAAGAGAACUGCGAGCCAAAAGGAAAAACUUCAGAAUGACAGUCAAAAGCAAUUAGAGGCUCUUGAAUUGAAUGUCAUGGAUGAAUGCAAGGAGGGUUUUACAGAGCUGCAGACCGAAGUGAAUGACUUCACAUCGGACCUGGCAGAUGGUGGAAUUCCAAUUUUGGAAUAUCAAUACUACGCACUGAACGUCUUGUUUCCGAACAGGAAUCCUACUUUCCCUAUUGCACGCCCAUCAAGUGUGGACAUUAGAGGAUAUGAAAGCGAAGGUUUGGAGUUGUUCCAUCGCCUCAUAAUGAAACGGGAAUUCCUCAUAACCUUCAUUCAUACUUUGGAGAAAGUGAUGAGCUUGAAAGAGAGGGUGAGUAUAGCCUCGUCAGUUAUGAUAGUGCUGCAUGGGAAAAUGGAAUACUGCACAGAAAUUCUAAAGAGGUUGAUGUCUGAUCUCAUCGAGAAACAUAUGAACAGCCGAUCACAUGUGGUGCACGUUUUCAGAAGGACAGAGAGCAUCGUGGAGAAAAUGAUGAGCAUCUGGAUAAGCCUUCUCUUGUACAAGUUUCUUCGAGACCGAGCAGGAAAGCCACUGUACGGUCUUUUCAGAUCGGUGAAGCAUCAGAUAGGGAAGAAACCCGUAGAUGCCUUCACACAUGAGGCACGCAACUGCCUCUCAGAAGAAAUAUUGCUUCGGGAGAAAAUUCAAUACAAGGAAUUGACGGUGUUCAUAUCUCUGCCAUCCCAGACCUCAUAUGCCUGUGGUCUUGAGCCUUGUAAGGAACAGACGGAUGUCCAAGUGCGCGUCCUGGAUUGCGACAGCAUAUCUCAAGUGAAGGAGAAAGCCUUGGAUGCGAUAUUUGGCAGCCAACCGUUCUCCUGCCGGCCCGCUUUGCACAAACUAGAUCUCCAAUGGCAGACGGGGGUAUCGAAACCGAUGUUCCUUCGAGACGAAGACCACACCUCGGUUGUAGAAGACGGUUGGAUUCGAAUCAACACCCUCCAUCACUACCGACGUCCCCAAGAACCUCCUGUCCCACAGGGAGAGCUGCGGAAGUGGCAUCUGGUACGAGAAGAGGAAGAACAUCCACAGGGGAAGAAAGUCAGAACGAUUCCUGAAGUCUAUCUCACUCGGCUUCUUUCAACAAAGCAAGCAUUACAGUCGUAUGUCGACGAAUUGUUUCGAGCAAUUCUGACUGUGGAUGAUGAGAGUCGACGUCUUCUCUUACCAAUCAAGUAUCUAUUUGACUUCCUCGACCAAGAAGCUGAAAAUCGGGACCUCGGGAAUUCUGAUGCACUCCACUCAUGGAAAAGCAACAGUGUGCCUCUUAGGUUCUGGGUUAAUAUAAUGAAGAACCCGGAGUUUGUGUUCAGCAUUCAAAAGAGCCCCACAGUGGACUCCUGCUUGUCCGUCAUCGCGCAGACCUUUAUGGCUGCCUUCUCCAACUCCGACACCCCACUUGGAAAAGACAGCCCGAAUGCAAGACUUUUAUAUGCAAAGGAUAUUCUUGUGUAUAAGAAGUGGGUCAGAGAGUACUACAAGAACAUCAAGUUGAUGCCUUCUGUCACACAUCAGGAGAUGACAGCCCUUCUUGCUGAACUUUCCACGGCCGAAAGAAUGACCUUCAACACUCAUGAUGCACUCACAGAACUGUUCGACUCUGCUAAGCACUUCAGGAGGCAGCUGAAGGAAGCCUUGGAAGCAAAAGACGAAGCAUUAGAGAAAGAAUUUUCUCAUGCCCUUGAUCUUGAAUCCUUAUCGUGA